AUGGUUAAGGCUAAAGCAGUGGGUGAUUUAGGAUUCAGAGACCUUGAACAUUUUAAUCAUGCAAAUGCUAGCCAAGGUUGGAGAUUGCUUCAUUUCCCUAAUUCUCUUGCUGCAAAAGUUCUCUCAUCUAAAUACUAUCUUGAUGGCCAAUUCCUAAAAGCUACAACUCCAAGGCACUCAUCCCUUAUAUGGAGGAGUCUCAUGGCUGCUAAACCUUUGUUGGAAGAAGGCUUAUUCUGGCGUAUUGGUAAUGGAGCAGAUACUAAGAUAUGGCACCAUAAGUGGUUGCCUAUUCCAACAUCAUUCAAAGUUCAAAGUCCUAUUAGUUGUUUUGAUCCUGAGGAGACUGUUUCUGCACUUAUUGAUCAUGAAGCCAAAACCUGGAAGACAGAUGUGAUUGAUCAAACUUUUCUUCAAAGGGAAGCUGAAAUAAUUAGACAGAUUCCAAUAAGUUUAUGCAACAGUCCUGAUAAAGUUGUCUGGAGAUAUACUUCUAAUGAGAUUUUUUCUGAACUUGAAGAUGAAAUUUUAAUGGAAGUAGCUGUGGUGGCAUGGAAAAUUUGGAGAAGAAUGAAUGAUUUGGUUUUUAACCAAACUUUUUCUACCCUUCAAUUUAUUGUAAGACAGGCAACUCAGAAACUUGAAGAUCUCACUGCUCUUUUUUCUCAACAAACAACUAAUCCUACAACCACCAUCCCUCAGACUAUCCAAUGGAGUGCUCCCCCUGCUGAUGUGUACAAAGUCAAUUGGGAUUUUGCAGUGGAUAAAGUGAAUUGCAAAGUGGGUGUUGAGACUAUUAUUUGGGACUGGGAAUGA